AUGACGACUUCCUCCCACUUUCCUGUGAUGGAGACCUUCAACUGCGGUCCAUUCAAAGCCCCUCGCGUAUGGACGGGCCUCUGGCAGCUUUCUAGCAACGCUUGGGGCUCCGCGCCAGUAUCCAAGAUCAGAAGUGGUAUGUCCCGGCAUGUUAAGCUGGGAUACACCGCGUUCGCCGACCAUUAUGGCAGCUCCGAGAUCAUCUUCGGGCAAUUCAAGAAGAAUCUUUUAUCAACAGAUGGACCGCAUGUUGUUGGCGCAACCAAGUGGUGUGUGUUCAAAAGCUUAGAACCAUCGCGGGCGGUCGUCGAAGCUGCGGUCCAAGAACGACUGGAAAGAAUGUCUACGGACCGUCUUGAUCUUCUCCAAUUCCACUGGCAGGAUUACUCCGACAAGGGGUAUCUCAUCGCCUUGCAAUAUCUCUGCGACCUCCAAAUAGAAGGAAGGCUCUCUGCGAUCGGUAGGCUCUGCAAUUUCGAUACGAAGAGAACGGAUGAAAUUUGUACUCAAUUGGGACCUGGUUUCAUCGCAACUAAUCAAGUUCAGUUCUCCUUGAUAGACACACGCCCGCUUCACGGCAUGGCGGACGUUUGUGAUAAGCACGAUGUCAAAAUACUCGCAUACGGGACACUGUGUGGGGGAUUCUUAGCGGACAAAUGGCUUGAUCAACCGCAUCCAGAUCUGUAUUCGGGGCAACUGACGCCGUCACAACGAAAGUACCUCGACAUGAUCACAAGGGCAUGGGGCAAUUGGGACUUGUUCCAGGAUUUACUGCAUGUGUUGCGACUCAUUGGAGAUCGACAUGGCAAUGUCAGCAUCGCCAACGUUGCUACGCGCUGGGUCCUUGAUCACUCUUGGGUUGGAGCGGUAAUCAUUGGUGCACGGCUAGGACUGUCGGAACACCCUGGCGAUAACCAAAAGGUCUUCACCUUUGCCUUAUCCGCCGCGGACAAUGCAGCAAUCGAUGCUGUGCUAGCGCGCUCGAAUGGGCAUCGUCUCAUUACUACCAUCGGUGACUGUGGGGCAGAGUAUCGUUGA